GUUUAGUUUAGGGUGGUUGAAAAGGAAAAAUAAACAAUGAUUGGUAAUUUAAAGAUUAGUCCAAUUGAUGAAUUUGGAUAAUGCAGCACACAGUUUAUCAGAAUUAAUUUAGGCAGUGAUAAAAUACAGUGCAACAAUUUUGAACAUAACUUGUUAAGAGGCGCAUAUAUUUAAGGAUAAAAUGUUAACUAGAUAGAUAGGGAAAUUUAUUCAGUUAUUUGAACACAAACAUUGGUAAAAGAGGGCACCAAAUACAUAUACACCAUACAAUAACAAUGAAAAUUUUAAGAAUUGGAGAAUAAAGGGACAGUGUUCCAGCCCUCACACAAACUGAAAGAUGAAAUGUAGCACAUAUAUACUUGAUACCUUUUUGUAGCAAUGUUUUUGUGUUUAAAUAAAUAAAAAUCAAUAAAUGAAACAUAACGACGGUUUGCAUGAUAUUUGGGUUUUGGUGAAGUAUGAACUUUGAUUUUUCACUAAUGAUAAACUUGUCCGCUUCGAAAGUUAUAAUAGUUACUAAUUGAAAUCUUCCUUUUAGCACAAAACCAUUUGCGUCGGUUUCAGUCAGUCAGCUACAACGUAGGACCACGCAUAUGUAUGCAUCAGUUCAAGUUAACAUACCUCAUUAACACAACAAGAUGAACAUCAACUUCUUAGUGGUUACUUCAGUGUUAUUAAUAUAUAAAAGAAAGAUUGCAUUUAAGAAUAUAAUACAGAAGGAAUUAGUUCGUAGAAAGAAAGAUGAAGACAAAGAGUGUAUACACCUACACGAUUGUGAUGGAUUCUGAGCCAUGUCACACAGAGUCUCCAACCAUUGGUUACGAUAGUCACGCGGACCCCAACCAAGUAGUCUGCACCUACCAACAUGGUCCGGAUCAGGAGUUAGUGACCUCAAGAAGUGAUGCUACGUUUUCGUUUGGCCUCCCCAGUCAGCAUUGUGCGUCGUGGUAAUCGCUGUUCAGGAACACGUAAUACGUGACCCAACCACCUCAGUCGAUGAAGAUUCACAACCUCAUCAACUGUUUUAACACCAUUCCAUAAUACUCUACAUCUAACCUCACUAUUACUUACUCGGUGACCCCAGCAGAUGCUGGCAGUAUUUCUAAGACAUUUGUGGUCAAAUACUGGUAGCUUGCAAAUAUCUCCUACUCUUAAUGGCUGCGUUCCACAGACGCAGCUGUUCCCCUCUACCAUGAGGACAGUUUCUACCGUAUUACAAAUUCCAUGAUCUUGAAAAUCAUGCCUCCCGAGUUAAGUGCAAGGAUAUCUUGUAUUUAUUUCGAAUAUUGUGAUUGACUAGUUGGACGAGACGAAAUCAACGCUAAACCAUACCAAUUAAUAUCCCUAGUCGGCCAGACUAGUAAGCUAGUUAAUAUCCAUAAUGACCUACAAAGAUAACCCUCUAUCACUGGCUUUUCUUUUUUGCUUGAAAUCAUUCUUAACAUUCCUCUCUUCUAUGGCAACUGAAGGGCUGCUAUCGAUAUAUCAUUUACUUAAUUAAGAAAAGUUGAUAAGCUGGUUGAUGAGACGGAGACUUGUCAUCUAAUGAAGUAGUUAGGUAUUUCACGUAUUCUCGACCAUUUCCGAACUUAACAUGUAAUGUUGGCUGGGAUAGGGAAACGUUCGUGUUAUGUCUUGUGGUUUUGUGCCGUAUUAUUGUAUAACGUAAUGAUACCCUCAAUUAGAGGACAGUAAUUUAUCGACCGGACCAAUGAUGCAUAAAACCCAUGCAAGCAGUCUAGAGUCUUUACCGGUCCUUCUACUUGUGUUCAUUGCCAAAAAUGAUGAAUAUCAAAUGCUAAUUUUAGCAUUGUUAUUGUUUUAGAUGACGGUGUAUAACUUAUAUAUAUAUGGAAAAAAUGGUGAUAACCUAUUUUACCGUGAAUGGACUCCAACAAAGCAAGGUGAAUGUCCAUCUGAUAACGACUUGAAGUUGAUGCGUGGUAUGUUAAUUGGUCUAAAAGGAUUUUGUCAAAAAAUUUCACCGUUGGACUACGAAAUUAAUCGUUUUUCUUACGUUACUAACACAUAUCGUCUUCAUUUUUACGAAACCCCUACACUAAUGAAAAUUGUUCUUACCACUGACAACUCUUGUGCACCAAUGAAUGAUGAACUUGAAGGGAUAUUUCAAAUAUAUACAAAAUACGUUUCACAAAACCCGUUAAUUAAAUCCGAAGGACCUAUUAAAAGUCAGGUCUUUUCUGAAAAACUUGAUCAAUAUGUUCAGAGUUUGCCUGUAUUUAACAAAUAA